GGGAGUCAAGUGCCAGGGUCGGUUCUGAAAUCUGAACUGAAUUGGCUGAAAGCCUGAGGCAAAUUAUCUAACCCUGUUUCCCUAGCAUCCUAUAGCGUCUCACCUAGCCAGUAACUUCCUACCUUGGGUACCUGAUAGCUAAGGUGCCUCACCCACGACCACAUGGCUACGCCGCACCAAGGUCAUCCACAUUAUGUGGAGCGUGUUGGAUUAGCCUUGUAGUGACGCUGUUUCACGUUCCAUUUACAACGGCCAACUUGUUCCAACUUCCGACAGGUGGAGCUCUCCACGCAUUAGUCGAACCUUCUUUUUUUUUACUACAUGAUUCUUAUGGAUAGUAUCUCGAACCGCUAAUACCGUGACUCUCCAGCAGCCUGCAACUCUCAUCGCCCAUGACGGAGGCAGACGCGUGCAACCGAACAUGGCAUACAAUGCAAACGCAGGGAGUCUAGCGCAGCUCCAGCUCAUUAAACGUAGGCCGCUGUCGGAGCAGGAAAGCAAUGUUCUCAACGCCUUCGCUCUCGCCAUCCCCAAUCUGCAUGCUGAGCCUGGAGCCAGCCGCGCGUCAGAUGCCGCGAUAGAAGCGGCGCACCGGCUCAACAGUCUCUGCCCUUCUCUGGACCACAAAGAAGACGCGCGCGACUACCUCUGGAGGACCUGGGAGAUCAUGCUCGAUAUCGCUAGCAGCCCGGAGGUGGAGGACAACGUCCACGGGCGUCUCCUGACCAUUCUCGAGGAGCUGCUACAGUGCGCGAAGGGAGAGCUGGACGAGAAACGGGUCUGGAGGGACUUGCCUGGACUUGCCGACUGCUUCGACGCCUCUUAUACCAACCCCACCUGUGAGGGGGAAGAGUCCUUCACUACAGAGGCGGCCCAGAUCUGGCAUAAGCUGAGCAGCUUCGGGGCGAGAGGCAUGGCAGCUGGAGUGCUUGCGGUCCACGCCCAGGCUAUGUAUGCGGUGCAAUCCGCGCUCGAGGAGCCGCUGGAUACGCUCUCUGGCGCCGAGGUGGAGAUGGCCGGAUGGAGGGUCAAGGUGGCCUGCGCAUGGCUUACACAUGGUGCGAAGCCUCUGCUCUGGUGGGCGCGGGAGAACGAGAGCUACGGCAAUGAGGAGGACGGCUCGAAUUACAUCAAACGAGGUCCGUUGUAUGAUGGCCCGGCCAUCAUGUGCAUUGAGCGCUGGCGCUUCUGGCUGCACCGCCUGCAAGUGCUGGCUAAGGAGGAAUCUGGCCUGGGAGAGGAGAUCCGGGUGGUCGCCCUACAGACGGUGCAGACGAUGAGGAAGGGGGAGGAAAGCACAAUGAAGGCGUGGUUGUGAGAGGACAUUCAAAGUGGCUCAAGGCAAGCGUCAAAUUCUUCCCCAUUGUUCACG